ACAAGUCUCGUACUUGUACAACCUGCGACACUCACUAAGCCCACACCAAGGGUUUUGUUCCUGCAAAAGAGUCUAGCGAUCGAUCAAGCGUAUGGAUUCAAGUGCAGACUCGGUGUGCAUGUCUUGGUCAAGAAUCCUCAUUUUGGGCCAUGCUGAUAUCUCUAUGGCGGAAUUGGAAGCGACAAGCUCGAACGUCUCCAUGUUGAACUGAAGAUACCUUGAUUUUAAGGAACCGUCCCGCGAGCUCUUAAACUUCGCCUGCGCGCACGCAUUGUCAAAGUUCUGCUAUUCUAUCGCUUUGGCGGUCGGGUUCAUGAACUUUGCGGACGCCUAUCUUUCAAACUCUCCCGUGUCAGCUUGACCAUUCCUCUCCCAACUGUCACCAUGGUCAUUUCAGGGCUGGGUUCGCUCCUGGUGGAGCGGCAGACGACAGCUACCCCUCAAUACAAGGACGAGUCCAAUGCCUCUAAUCUGCUCGCCAUCCAUGGGACUUUCUGUGGCCUCGCCAUCCUCUCCGUCUUGUUACGGCUUUAUGUGAGGAUAUUCAUGCUCAAAAGUAUUGGGAUCGAUGACUACAUCAUUGUCGCUGCAGCGGUCCUUUCGGUCUCGGUCGUCGUCUGUUUUGCGGGGGAAUCUGCGGCCGGUGGUUUGGGUAGGCAUCCCAGCCUCGUCGCCCUACCCGACUGGGAAAAUUUCAUGCACUGGCGGUUCUUCCAUUCCCUGAUUAUCAUGUUCGGCAUAUCACUCGUCAAGAUAUCCAUCGCCUUCUUUCUCAAGCGGUUUGUGCCCAACAAGAACUACCGGCGUUUCUUGAUAGGGGCAAUCGUCUUCCUGGUUGCAUUCACGAUAUCCUGCGCUGGCACCCUGAUCUUCAAUUGCGGAAGCAAACCGCAAGCCAAUUGGGAUUUCGCGUUGCGCACGAAUGGACAAGCCAAGUGCUUCUCGAAUACGACAUUCACCAACAUUGGUAUAUUCAACAGCAGCAUCAACAUCGCAACCGAUGUCAUCUUCGCCUUGCUUCCUAUUCCUAUCGUCUGGAACCUGCAAACCAACAUGCGUACCAAGGUUACCCUGGUCUUCAUUCUCAGUCUGGGUCUUUUCGCCUGUGCGGCCAGUAUCAUCAAAGCAGUCUACCAGGCAGGGGCACUCAUGGAUCCUGACUGGACUUAUCACGACAGCUUCUUUAUGUGGAACAACAUUGAGUUCAACAUUGGUAUUCUUGCGGCUUCUCUACCUUCUCUGCGCCCGCUUUUUGCCAAGAUACUCGGAGCCACUCAGAAGUUCACCUCGAGCGCCAGUCGUAACCGACAGAAUUACGGUGGUUACGAUGCCGAUGGUCUUGCCUAUGCCAAAAGCGACAAAAGGGUAUCGCGGAAUCCUGCCCGGCAUUACUAUCAGUUUGGGUCGCGCCAGUCGACCGAGCUGAGUGAACUCCACAGAGGCGCCAGCAAACGUGCGUUCGACGAUGGCAGCGGCAAAGCGCCUGGAGUAACCAGCACAGUUACAGCUGGCGACGAUGAAAGUGACAAGGUCAUGCUAGACAACCAGGAUGAUUGCCACGCCAUUGGUACCGAUAAAGACUGGAACAACCAAUCGAGCCACGGGAUAACAAAAACCACGACGGUGCAAAUCACGAGAUACUGAAUCUGCAACGACGGGCAGAACAAACAUGAGGGCUAUCUCGGCCCUUUUGUAAGAACCCAACAAUGCCAUCACGAUAACUCCAGUCAUCCUCGACUAUUCAUACAUGAUGCCGGCACGCCUAUAUCACCAUGAACAACUUUUAGCAGGUGGAUGACGCACUUGACGAGGGCUUCGAAGAGCCUGAAUAUACCCCAUUGUGCUUCUGAUGCACUUAGAAAAGGAACACGGCACAUGCAUGAUGAAAUUGCUCUAUGUAUAUAUCGACACGCUUCUUCACAUCUGGUCGUCGCAUCAAGCACAACAUCUGUAUAACAUCUGUACAUAGCUGGAUCAUUCUUUGAAUUGUAUAUCGCGACACUCCUGAACUCUCUCGCGAAUGAGGC